AAUCCUUUAAUUGAUAAAAAUAUAUUUUAAAUGUCUUUGAGGAUGCACUGUUCAUUUUUUUACUGGACAUCUUUUUGGCAUUGAUGUGAAUGCGUGUUAAAGUGAUUAUUAGACUGAAAAAGAUAUGUAUGAAAGAAUAAUUUUCAUUACCUCCUUGUGAGUAAUGCUUUGUGAUAUAUCAAUGGGAGCCAUUUCCCUAUCUUUCAGGCCAACUUUCAUGAAUAACAUGAAAUUGUACUUGAUCCCUUCCCCAUGCCCCCCAGUUGAAGGGUUUCAACAAUUGGAGUCUGAAGCUGGAGACUUAAUAUCAUUGGUGAGUUAAAAAUGAACUUCAUUUCAUGUUUACGGAGUUAAUAAUUUGCUGCAUGGCAUGAUAAAGGUAAUUGAGAAAAUUGUGUUUAAAAAGCAAGUAUAAGAUUAAUUUUAAAAUUAGUAUUAUAUUCAUACCAACAAGGUUUUUGACCAAAACACUCAACAUUUACUGCACUUUUAUCUCUCAUUAAAGAGAUCUGAAGACAAUUGGAUGCUUGAUUUAGAGAAAGAAUUCAACCUUAUAUCGUUCAACAUUGCUUGUUUAAAAAAAAUGACAUUUUAUAUUUUGCAAAGUACAUGUUUUCAUACAUGUAGUUUCGUUUUCUUUUCAAACCACCUACUAAUACAGGAGUGAUUGAGGUGCCUCUGCAAAGUAUAAAGAAGUCUGCAAAGGGACUAAAUGUUUUGGAAGCCCAUCUGCAAGAGUAGAGAGUUUCUAGGCCACUAUCCAAAGAAGCAAGGGAAUCCACUUGCCAGUUCUUCCAGUGAUGACGGAUGGUGCCUGGGAACAGGAAAACUGUGAAGAAGCUAGUUAUAUUCUCCUUGUGGGAUAUAGCAUCUGGGAAGCUCUGCUGGAUCUUUCUGGUGAAGACAGGUAACCCUAUACACUUUUCAGACUACAGUUUCUUAUUCCUGUACCAUCUUUAACCCUAAGACUCUCAAUCGUCUAUAUAUUUCCUUUCAAUUUAAUGCCGUUCACAUUGGAAGAUGGUAAGACCGAGGAACUUCCUUACUUAUUUUAUUUCUUAUUCAUGUUACCAUUUAUUAAUUUCAUUAAUUAUUUUCAUUUAUUGAUCAUUAUUCUUUUUUAGGGGGAUGGGGGUAAAAAUGAAAAUUUGUAUCAUGCAUUAACCCGUUUCUUCCGGGAACCUGAUAUACCAGGUUCCCGUAGAACGCGCUCACAAACGGGAACUGGUUAUACCAGGUUCCCAUAAUACCCAUGUGAAGUUCUACUUCGAAAUGCUAAAAUUGCAUUUUAUCGCCACUAAUUGAUAAAAUUUAUCGAUUUGAGGGAAUUCACUGAGUUUAUUCUAUUGCAAGUUAUCGUUUACGUUCAAUAAAUUUUCAUUUAUUCGGUAAUAAUUGCACUUUUUUCUCAUGCUUGUCUCACUUACUCGCAUAAAAAAUCCGUACAGCGAGAUAUGGACCACGUCACAGUCUGAUCGACGGAUAUUCAAUUUCGCUGAGACGCAAAUUUUUGCAUUACUGGUGGUACCUAAUUGUGGAUAUCCUAUUCAUUUCGAGCAGCGAAAAUUGUGCUCGCCCUACACAAAAGCCGGUGGCGGUCGAGUGCACGCGCGGAAAUUCAAUAGAAAGCUAAUAGGCCUAUAAUAAUGGCCUGUUUACCGUGCAGUGAUUCUCGCUUUAUUUUCUCCGAUCCGUUUUGUAAACAAAUCGAUAUAUCGUAAACAAGAACAGUAAGAAACGAACAUGGCGCAACCCAGGAGAAAUCCUGUAUUCAACCUAGAAGAAGCUCGAGAAGCUAUACUGGACUCGGACUCGGAUAAUGAGUUUGAUAAGAUGUCAGUUGAUCUUGGCAGCGACGAAGAGUAUUCGAAUAUAAAAGACCUUGAUGAUGUGAAUGCUACCGACCUUCCCGGGCCUCCCGGCGGUGACAGCGAAGACGAUGCCCCUUUAGGACUGGACGAGCUUCCUCCAGACUUUGUUCCCGGUGCAAGCGGCAACAAGCGGCGUCGCAUCGCUCCUACAGGAAGGUCGUGGGACGACGACCCUGCACAAGACCCCCAUUUAUUUGACUUCACCGGGAUGCCAGGACUGAACCCAAACCUUGGACUUUCAGAAACAUCCACUCCCCUGGACUGCUACUUGAAAUUUGUCUCAAAUGAAACUUUUGAAAAGGCUUCUGAGGAGACGAACCGAUACGCAUCAUGUGUUCUCAGAGAGAAUCCACCGUCGCCAUCAUCCCCAGCGAAGAAAUGGUGUAGUACUACAGCAGGUGAACUGAUGAUCUUUUGGGCAUUGUGUAUGCUAAUGGGAAUCGUUGGUAAACCCGUGGCACAACUGUACUGGUCUACUAGGAAGAGCAUCGUCACCCCAUUCUUCUUGCAGGCUAUGACAGGGGAUCGCUUUCAACUUAUACUUCGCUUUCUUCACUUCAACAAUAAUGAGAACAACAAGCCACGCACUGACCCAGACUACGACCCACUCUUCAAAUUAAGGCCAUACUACGACGCAUUAUGCACAGCAUUUCAUACAGUCUUCACACCUUUUCGUUCGAUUUCAUUUGACGAAGCCCUCAUUCGCUUCUACGGUCGUCUGAGUUUUAAGAACUACAAUCCUCGAAAUGGUCACCUGCCAGCAAAAUAUGGGAUGAAGGCCUACAAAAUAUGUGAUCCUACAGGAUAUACGUGGAAAUUUGUACUUUACACUGGAAAAAUGCAAUACUCGAUAGUGGAGCUGGUAUUAUCCAUGAUGGCAGGACUUCUGGACAAGGGGUAUCGUUUCUUCAUGGAUAACUGGUAUUCAAGUCCUGCGCUCUUUACCGAAUUAUUCAAGAGGAAAACGCAUGCAUGUGGCACAGUUCGCAGUAAUCGCAUUGACAUGCCAAAGGACCUGAAGCCAGAUCGAAAGUUGCGCCCGGGAGAAGCUAUCUUCUGUCGAUCGAAGGAGCUGUUGACUAUGCUCUGGAGGGACAAGAGAGAUGUAACAAUGUUGAGCACAAUUCAUUCCAACAAAUUUUCUGAAACCCACAAAAAGGACCGAGUUACUGGAGAGAAUGUGCAGAAACCGGAAAUUGUACUUGAUUACAAUCGAUACAUGGGUGGAGUGGACCUUUCUGAUUUCUUAACAAAUACUUACGCAGACAUGAGAAAAUCGCUUAAGUGGUAUAAGAAACUUGUAUUUCAUAUGAAUGAUUUGGGGGUCAUGGAUGCUUACAUUGUUUAUUGCCAUCUACAGGACAGUCAAGUGAAUCAUUUGAACCUCGUCUUAGAUUUAAUUGAGGAGUUAGUCGCAUUUGGAAAUAGUCUGAGUCAGGACAGGCCCAAACCUUCAAGAGCAGGGUCGAACAAAGAGAACGUUCUACGACUUGAAUAA